UCUGAUCCGGGAAGCCACGCGCCGCUCUCAAGAGCGGAGGGCGCCGGCUCGGGAGUGUCUUCUGUCACUCUCGCUCCCGCCCGCCCUCGCCGUGGCGGGUGACAGGAUCGCCUAGGAGACGGGCCGGGGUCUCGCGCGCGGACGGAGCCUGCCCAUGGCAGAGGCCCGGGGUGGGGCGAUGGGCCCGCUGGUUGGGGCCAUCGAUCAAGGGACCAGCUCCACGCGCUUCCUGGUCUUUAAUGCAAAAACAGCUGAGCUGUUGAGUUACCACCAAGUAGAAAUCCAACAGAAAUUCCCCAAAGAAGGGUGGGUAGAACAAGAUCCAAAGGAAAUACUACACUCUGUCUAUGAAUGUGUUGAAAAAACAUGUGAGAAGCUGAAACAACUGAAUGUGGACAUUGCCAGUAUAAAAGCUGUUGGUGUCUGCAAUCAGAGAGAGACAACUGUGGUUUGGGACAAACAAACUGGAGAGCCUCUCUAUGAUGCUCUAGUGUGGCUUGACCUAAGAACCCAGUCUACUGUUGAGCGACUGCUUAAAAAAAUUCCAGGGAACAAUAAAUCCUUUUUUAAGAAUAAGACAGGCCUCCCACUUAGCACAUAUUUCAGUGCUGUGAAACUUUGCUGGCUUCUGGACAAUGUGAAGGAGGUCAGGCAAGCAGUUCAGGAAAGGCGAGCUCUGUUUGGUACCAUUGACACAUGGCUAAUAUGGAGUUUAACAGGUGGAAAAAAUGGAGGUAUUCAUUGCACUGAUGUAACCAAUGCCAGUAGAACAAUGCUGUUCAACAUUCAUUCGUUAGAAUGGGAUACUGAACUCUGCAAAUUUUUUGGAAUUCCUAUGGAAAUACUUCCCAAAGUGCGGAGUUCCUCGGAGAUCUAUGGAUUGAUGAAAAUCUCCCUUACCUUGAGUUCUGGAGCUUUGACUGGCGUACCAAUUUCUGGGUGCUUAGGUGACCAAUCUGCUGCUUUAGUGGGACAAAUGUGCUUCAAAGAUGGUCAAGCAAAAAAUACGUAUGGAACAGGCUGCUUCCUACUCUGCAAUACAGGUCAAAAGCCUUCAAUUUCUGAACAUGGCCUUCUGACUACAGUGGCGUACAAAAUGGGCAGAGACAAACCUGUGUAUUAUGCAUUAGAAGGCUCUGUUGCCAUAGCUGGUGCCGUUGUACGUUGGCUGAGAGACAACCUCGGCAUUGCAAAGUCUUCAAGUGAAGUUGAGAAACUUGCUGCUGAAGUGGGCACUUCUUAUGGCUGCUACUUUGUUCCAGCAUUCUCAGGAUUAUAUGCACCAUACUGGGAACCCAGUGCAAGAGGAAUUAUCUGUGGCCUUACUCAGUUUACAAAUAAAAACCACAUUGCCUUUGCUGCACUAGAGGCUGUCUGCUUCCAAACACGAGAGAUACUGGAUGCAAUGAAUAAGGAUAGUGGGAUACCGUUGAAACAGUUACAAGUCGACGGAGGAAUGACUAACAAUAAGAUCCUUAUGCAGCUUCAAGCUGACAUUCUCUGUAUUCCAGUAGUAAAGCCAUCCAUGCCUGAAACCACUGCACUGGGAGCAGCAAUGGCAGCAGGAGCUGCAGAAGGAGUGGGAGUCUGGAGUCUGAAUCCUGCUGACUUUACGGCAGUGACCAGUGAACGUUUUGAGCCACAGAUCAAUCCUGAGGAAAGCGAGUAUCGCUAUACCAGGUGGAAGAAAGCUGUUCAGAAGUCAAUGGGCUGGGAAACAACAGAACCACAAGUAGACGGUGAAACUAGUAUCUUCUGUAGUCUGCCUUUGGGCUUUUUUAUAAUGAAUAGCCUGUUAAUGUUAAUCGGAGCAAAGUACAUCUCAGGUAAUUGCAAAUGAGGCUCCUUAAUGGAUUUCCAGGAGAUUGCAGCAUCCGAAGAGAAUCUGGUGCUCUCUUCCAUUGUCAUGGGAUUGUUUUGACUUGGUUAAUUGUCAAAAUAGCAUGAAUAUAUAGGAGAGGACUUGAACGUGGAAUGAGGAACACACAUAACAUUGCUGCCACAUGUUCCCUACUUAAAUGUACACUGGGAUGCAAACCUUUCAUUAACUUCCUCAACCAUCAUCACCUGUUUUAUACAUUUUGACAUGGGAAAUUGCCACAAAGAAAAGGGUUGUAUUAUUGUCAACUGUAUGGUUCAAAAGCUUGGCGCAGUAUGCACAUCUGUAAAGUCAUGGUGGCAUUUUCCAUUUCCUAGAAAAUUGCCCAUAAUGGUAUCAGCCAGUGCUCACUAGUGACCAAUGGAGCAACGCCUGUCUGUAUCGUCAUGAGUUAGACUCUUCCAAUAUUGAAGCAGUUAAUGGUGCUUUUUCAUCAUACUAAAACCUGAAUAACUGAUUUAUUCUCUUCUGUUCAUGUGCAUUGUCCAUUAGUAAUGAGGACCCUAAAUCCUGAAAGUGCCACAAGUUAAUUAACAAGAUUAUUUUUCCAAAUGUGUAUUUAAGAUUAAAAUAUAUGUGCUUUCACCUAUACAUUAGCAAGCCAGAGACCUAAGCAGCAAAGAAGCUCCACAUGCAAAGUACUAUGCUAAGGUGUAAAGACAGAGAUUAAAUAGUUUUGGAUGCACUUGUUAUGUUUUCUUUGGGCAGCAGGUACAGUCCAAAUGAACCUUUCCAUUGUCUGGAUGUGUUGGAGCUGGUGGUGUAGGAAUGGGAAAGUUCAGCCUCUUAGCAUAGCCACGUUCUAGACAGUGGCAAUUUUGUGUCUUGGGUGCAAGUUUUUAGGCAUCAAAGCAAAAGCAUUACUUGCUAGCCAAAAACAUCAAAGCUAAGCUGACACAUUUUCAGGUGAUCCAUUCUACAAUCUUUGGAGGGAAUUGUUUCUUUUCUUAAUAAAAAAAAUCAGUAGAAACAUCUGUCAGCUCACACAGCCUGGUUCCCUUUUCUGCUUUUACCAUCAUUACCACCACCAUCCUAUUUUGCUCUGUAUCCCAUUUUCUGAAAUUGGAAUGCUGUAAAGGAACAGAAUAAUGGAGUGGGAACUAUAUUAGAAAAGGCAAGCAAGGACAAAUACCCCCUUCAAAUCUUGAAUGUAACAGGGUUUCAGCAAAGGCUACUCUGGUCCUCCCAGAUAUGUACCCCACAUUAUCUUUUUCUUCUUCUGCCAAUGCUGCCUGUAGCUGGAAGGAGUUUUGGUUUCCACAUCUGUGAAAUGAAUUGGAUCCAGUCUGCCUUGUCCUUUGAGAUGCCUCAGAUUGCUGGAAUGUACCCCAAAAUUGCUGCAAAAAGUAACUCCUAUGUGGAAAAAUGACAUAGCUUACUCCCUGCUAUAAAAUCUUAUGCAAAAGAUUAUAUUUGGUAAAUAAAGAGGGCUUGGUGUAAUCUUAACAUGAAAUUGCCUGAUUUGAAAGUUUGGUGUGUAUUUCUAAAUAUGUGCAUUUAGGAGCUAAAGGGAAUGUGCAUGCUCAAAUGGUUUCUGUGUCUGUCUCAUGUGACUUUGUCUUCACUGUUACAGAAUAUGUGUGUUUGAUCACUUGGGAAAUAACAUUAAGCACUGGAAAUUCAAAGUAUUUUAGGUCUAAUACCAAUGCCUUUUCAUUAAGUGCAAUGAAAAUCUUAAACAAUGGUCUCUGAAGCUGCAGCGCAUUCUGCACUUGGUGUAAAUUCUAGAAUUCUCUUGACAACGUUGUCCCUUAAAUGUAGAUUGGGUUUUAAUGUUUCAGCAUGUUGAUAAAUGACAAAAGCAAUUUGGAAUAUUGGUUUGUGUCAGAACUACUGUACAUGUGAACUUGGUAGUAGGAUUUGUAAAACUCCACGUCUUAGCCUUAUAACUUGCACAGGCACUGUGUAGCUUGGACCGUAUUUGGCAAGCCAAGGCUUCCCCCUGCUAGCACAGGAGAAAGCCUUGUUCUCUUACAAUGUAUUCUGCUUAUUUCCAUGAGCUUAGCUUUCAGAGAAAAGUGGGAGGGGAGAGCUUGCAGGGGCAGGUGUUUGGCAGGCUGAAUAAACUGUAUUUUUCCUAGGAGGUCAAUGGAAUGGACACAGACCUAGGGUGUUCAGUGUGUGAUAACAUUGGGUUUCAAAGAUAUAAGUGCCAAAUACUAACCCCUUUUCCCAAACAAAUGAUGAAACAGCAAACCAUAAAAGAACCUGGAAAUCACUUGUUUCUUGAGCUGCCUUCAUAUGUGUUUGGCUGAUGCUUUGUUAAACAAUGUGUGAUGGGCAGUUUUAACUACAGUUUCUGGGGGGUAUAUAGGACAUUAAAUUAUUUUUGUGAUAUUAUAAUUACAGUUGCAAUUUUGUAAAAUGUACUUCUUUUCUACAAAACAGAAUUAACUGUUCACUUUUUGUGAACAGAUUCUUGUGAUUUCCCCCCUCCCCCUAUAUAUUGUGACACCUUGAAAUUUAAAUGGGCAUAUGGAAAGUUUGUAACAGCAACACUGGCUGGUUUUGCACUGCUGAGAAUACAUGUGACUUAAAAUGACCUAAAUCUUGUUUGCAAUUAUGUUUGCAAUGGAAGCCGUGAAUAAAUUUAAAAUGAAAUCUGA